GAGGCAGGGCGGGGCAAAAGGGAGAAGAGGGUGUUCUCUGCUUUCUACAGUUAUGGAGUCCCUGUGGGGCCGCUGUUUCCCUUCCCAGGCUCUAAUGCUCAUGAUCCCCCUGCUCCUGGCUAUUCCCUCACCAAGCUUCCAGACUGCGGCUGACCCCAGCUCCUCCCACACCCUGGAAAGGACCGUUGGGGACUCUGUCCAGCUGCACCUGAUCUCCUCCUUGUCCCCUAAUGUCCGAGAGGUUGAGUGGAGUUGGCAAUCUGAGCCCGAGAAACAACAGUUCCUGGUGUCCUGGAAGCCUGAUGACUCUGGUCCUGACUGGUAUGAGCUUGAAGGAAAAUUCAGGAGCAGUCUCUCCCUGACAGAGAUGGCAGUUUUGAGCAUCAGGAAUCUCAGUACGGAAAUGAGUGGAUGGUAUACAGCAAAUGUCAAAUUCCACACAGGAAAAUCCCAGAAGGAAGUCUUUAGACUCUGUGUAUAUGAGCCCAUCCCCCACCCCCAGAUUGUGAUUCAUUCACCAAUCAACCCAGCGGGCUGGUGCCAGGUCAGCCUGGAGUGUGAGACCCCAGGAUCUACAGAGAACUGGACAGUGACCUGGCUGACUGAGGGCCUCCCCAGGGAGCUGGAGCAGAGCGGGGCUCUGAGGCCAGCCCCCAGCUCCAGGAAUGUAAACCUGAGCCUGCCCCUGAGCCAGGUGAAUGGCUACCUCACCUGUUUGGUCAGCAACCCGGUAGAGGAGAAGAAUGCCACCUUGCCCCUGCAGAGCAUCUGUCUGGUCAGGGGUUCUCCUGACCACAAAUGGCUUUGGAGAGGUGUCCUGCCCACGCUUCUAAUGAUGAGCCUGGCUGGUGGAGUGUACGUCUGCAUGAGGAAGAAGAUGCAGUCCAGGAGGGGCCGGCCCACUCUGCUGCCCACAGAGCCAGGCUCAGCCGGUGUUCCCCAGGCCCUUCCCACAGAGGAACCUGCUGGCCUGCAGACUGGUGGGGCCAACAGCCACUGCCAUCCCGACGUGGAGAUGAGCCUCCUGAGACACCACAAGGGGAAGGAGCAGGAGAGAGCCCAGGCUGCCCUGGAGGGAUUCACCACCACCCACAAACUCAAACUCAAGCCCUAGGGGGAGGCAGGAAUGUAAGGGACUGGCUGUCAGGUGCAACUGUCAUCCAUGGAAGACCCAAGGCAAGUAGGAAUGGGGGACUCUGGCAGGGCCUGGGGACCAGGCAGACCCAAGGUCCCAGAGAGCAUCAGUGAAGCCCGUCCCCCACCUCCCCACAGCACCCACCCCUGACCUGCCUCAGAUUCUGUAUUAAGGCUUCCUUUUUAGGUCCUUGAAGGACAUCUCAGUGCUACUGGCCCUCAGUUGGAAAUGGUCACAGAUAGCAUGAUUCAUCGAGGGGAAGGCCUGGAGGCAGUAGUAGCUGGAGGAGCAGGGGCCACGCACCAGUUCUCAGACAGAGCUCACAUCAGAAAUACCUGGGGGGAUUGCUUCCUGCCCCCCACCCCACCCCCUUGAGCUUGUUUCAGCAGCUCUAGGGCAGACCUGGGACCUUGAGUUUCUAACACAUUCCCAAGUGAUGGCUCCAGCUUUUGGGAACCACUGGACUAAAAUCGAGCAGAGGGAAAGCCAAUAGAGCCACUGUCUGGACUCCCAGGACAGCCGUGGCUGGGUCAUCUCCUCUCCCAUCCUUUGACUUUGCCAAAGGGAGACAGGUCUGCAUCAUUGACCCACAGACCACCAGGACCUUAGAAAUCCCCUGGACAGAUCCCAGCAGUUUAUGGUAGGGGAAAGUGGGAUCCAGAAGGAAUGCUAAGGAGGGCAGGAGGGAAAUCAUGGUGGCACCAGGUAGAGCCGGCUCUCCUUGCUCCCAGGUGAGUGCGCUGUGCACGGUCCCCCAACUGUCUCAGCACCUGUCACUCUGUGACUUUCCAUCUCAGCCCCUCUGAGUUAUGUUCCCAUCUGACCCAUGCCACAGGGAGCUCAGGAAGUAGACCCUAAUCCCAAUACCCACACGGGAGGAGCACGGGAGGGAACAAUAUGGGGCUUCAGGUGACCUCUCACCCAGACCUUCAGCCCUGCCCCCUCCAUCUCUCUGCCCCUGGGGAGCUUCCCAGCCUGAUGAAGACAAUUAUUUCCCUCCCAGGACACAGGGAGACAAGCACAGAAGAGAGAUGGGGGUGGCGUGAGGAGCGGAGUUGGGAGAAGUGGGUGUGAGGCUCUCAUGCCGACUUCGCCUUUGACCUGACAAAACUAGUGCCUGGGGUUCAGUUUCUUCUUUUACAAAAUGCAGAUUACAGGAAUAAUACCUUGAUCUGCCACUUUGUGGUCUUUCAAAGCACUCUCGCAAUGAGAGUGGCCAAGGUGGGUUACGGAUUUGUCCAACUAACAUUUAAUGAGUGUCUACUCUAUCCCAGCACUGUUCUGAUCUGGGACACAGAGACCAACAAAACAACAAAAAAUCCUUGGCCUCUGAGAAUAUACAUUCUAGGUAGGGUGAGGGGAGAAUAGCAAAUAAAAUAAAUGAGCAAAAUGUGAAGCGUAAGGUGGUGAUAUGUGCUCAGGGGAAAAUAUGGCAGGAAGGGGUGGGGGU